AUGCUUCGAUCCAUGCCGUACCGACAAGUCGCGGCCGAGCUCUCUGUUCCAAGCCGAACUGUGCGCAACUGGCAGCGUGUGGAGGAUCAGCUCUUGGCCUACAAAGGGAACAAGAAAACGACGAACUUGCCUGGUGCUGGCCGCCCAACCAUACUGCCGCAGCCUGUCGGACUUCUGGCAUUCAUGGACGCUCGCCAGACCCAGGAAUGGGUCACGCAGUACAUGGAACGCCAAAAGACUGGCCGUGGAUACGACCACCUCCUCAAGCUGCUGCAGGAGUUCUACCAUCGAAACGGAUACACCCACCAGCAAGCCUGCCGAGCGAAGAAGGUCCUUUCGGACCUUGAGAGCACCCGCACCGAUCAAGUGAUGGGGUGCAUCGUGAUUCACAUGGGGGAAUGA